CGGAUCAAAAACUAAUUGGAAUCCGUUGUUUCGAGACCAAUUGUCAAAGAUUUUGAUAGAUGCGUUUUGUCAAUAAACUAUUUAAUAACCUGUUUUAUCGCAUUUUAAACAAUUACGAAGAAUUUUUAAGUCUCUUCGAAUGGUAUUAUAACAAUAUGUGUAUCGGUCCAUUAAAAAAAAUAUGCCAUUGGGGACCGCUUACUGCUUUAGAAAUAAAUGUGUCGUGGUAUUUGUUAAAAUGACGAAGGACUCCGCCCGUUUUAUUUCAAACAUACUUUUUCGCGGGGAAUUCAAAAAAUUAUUCUAUGAAAAGAAUUAUAAAAAUUAUCACAUUAAUAACAAUACAUUGUAGUAGACAAUGGUGGCCACCUCAAGAAAGCUUUUGGGCAACAGCAAAUUUUUGUUUCUUUUUUUUCUUUAGCGGAUCAACUCUUUUUCACUUCAUCAGUGCAAUUUUUGAGGGGCCUGGAUUUUUACCACUAAAAUGGAUGCCGGAAAAACCCACAGAUGCUCAAUUUUUACAGUAUUGUACCGUUUGUCAAGGAUACAAAGCACCAAGGUCUCAUCAUUGCAGAAAAUGUGAUCGUUGUGUUCUGAAAAUGGAUCAUCAUUGUCCAUGGAUAAACAACUGUGUUGGUCAUCACAAUCAUGGACAUUUUACAGCAUUUUUGGCUAGUGCAGUUGGUGGUUGUUUCAUUUCCACCAUCAUACUAAUUUCUUGGGUUGUUACUGUAUUAUCAUUAAAACCUAUACCAUUUCCACCACCUUCUGUUUUUACUUUGAUUUUAGUUAUUUUCACCAUCGGUUUAUCAAUCGGUGUGGUUCUUACUGUAGGAAUGUUACUUUACCUUCAGAUGAUGUCUAUUAUAAAGAACAAAACUGAAAUAGAGGAUUGGAUAUCAGAAAAAGCAUAUCAUCGUAGAUUUGGUACAGAUAAAAAAUUCAUUCAUCCAUAUUCCAAAGGGUGGCUAUUUAAUGUGAGACAAGUUCUUACAUGGGAUUGUUCGCCUGUAGGUGAUGGUAUUAAUUGGCCAGUGAUCGACGGCUGUGAUCAAUACACAUUAACGAAAGAGCAAUUGGCACAAAAAAUGGAUAAACGGAGAAGGGCACGUAGAUAUAGGAUAAUAAAACCUUCUUCUGGCUCGUGGUUACCAAUUCAACAUGGUUGGGGGGUAUUAUGUCAUCCUCCUUGUACAGACGAAACACGAAUUAAACUAAAUGUAGCGGAUAUUGUGAUUGUCACACGUUGGCGAAGAUAUUGGUUAUUCGGAGAAAAAGAACAAGGUGCUAUAAAUGAUGUUCCCAUAAAACGAGUACGAGGAUGGUUCCCGCGACCGUGUGCAAUUGAACUCAUAGAAAGUAAUUAAUAUACAUGGAUAUCAUUUAAGUCUGAUUAAAAGUUUAUUUUAAAAUUAUAGUGCAUUUAGAUA